UUAAAUUGAACUUUGACCGUAAGUAGCAGUUCCUGACGGCUUAAUAAUACAUACCGAUAUAACAAAUGCAUUGGGCCAAAUCUUCUGCAGGCCAGCCCACCUCACCUGUUCCACAAUACUAGUACAGCCCAGCAUUCUUAAUCUCUCUAUAUAAUCACAGGGUCACAAGUGCAUUAAGCCACUAACCCGGUGUAAGCAAGCAAAAAAAUGGUUAAGCUAAUCAGCGCCUUCGGGAGCCCAUUCGGGCACCGCGCCGAGGCGGCGCUCCGGCUGAAAGGCGUGCAGUACGAGCUCCUCCUGGAAGACCUCCGCAGCAAGAGCGACCUGCUGCUCGCCCACAACCCCGUCCACAAGCUCGUCCCCGUCCUCCUCCACUCCGACGGCCGCUCCGUCGCCGAGUCCCUCGUCGUCGUCCAGUACGUCGACGACGCCUUCCAUGGCCCGCCCCUCCUCCCCGCCGACCCAUACGCUCGUGCCCAGGCCCGUUUCUGGGCCCAAUUCAUCGAUGAUAAGUUCUCGAGGCCGUUCUGGCUGUCGUUCUGGAUGGAGGACGGGGAGAAGAAGGAGGCGUUCGUGAGGGAAGCGAAGGAGAAUCUGCGGCCGCUGGAGGCGCAGCUCGACGGCGGCAACAAGAGGUUCUUCGGCGGCGACGCCAUUGGCCUCGUGGACAUCGCCGCCAGUGGGCUGGCUCACUGGGUCGGGGUGUUCGAGGAGGUCACCGGCGUGAGCUUGGUGAGCGAGCGGGAGUUCCCCGCGCUGUGCCGGUGGUCGCAGCGCUACGUCAACGAUGGAGCCGUGAGGCAGUGCUUGCCGAGCAGAGAUGAACUCGUCGCCUUGUUCACUGCAAACAAAGAGGCGUAUACACUGCUGGCCAAGGCAAAGUUGCAGAAAUAAUUUUAUUACUCGUGAAUUUCGAUGCUGGAAUAUGCGUAUGUGUUUCUUUUUCAACAUGGAAUAAAUUGCUAAUAAAUUAUCUGUUCUGGUAUCUGCAAUUUAUUAGCUACUGUUUUUCAAUGUGUCGUUGUAAGAUUGUAAUAAGAAGUACUAGCAGUAAUAAAUUAAGAUGAAACUUUGUGAUGGCA